AACUCCUCUUUAUUCAAUCUCUCUCUUUCCCUCUGCCUAUGUGUGUGUGUGUAUAUACAUGUAUACAAACGGCACAGAUAGCGAUACAGAGCAUAUAGUGGUUUGUAGACUAAGAGAGGAGAGGGCAAUGGGUGCACUUGAUUAUAUUUCCAGCUUUUGUUCUUACACUCACACUGGCAAGAGAAAGCGUAAGCCAUUGCAGACAGUGGAGAUCAAGGUGAAGAUGGAUUGUGAUGGCUGCGAGAGAAGAAUUAGAAAUAUAGUUCGCCGGAUGAAAGGAGUGAAAACCGUGGAGGUGGACCGGAAACAGAGCCGGGUGACGGUGAACGGACACGUGGACCCGAACAAGGUGCUGACGAGAGUGAAGAGCACCGGGAAGAAAGCGGAAUUUUGGCCGUACAUCCCGCAGCACGUGGUAUAUUACCCUUUUGCCCCUGGCAUGUACGACAAACGCGCUCCCAUCGGCCACAUCCGAAACCCCGGCCAAGCGUUUCCAAACGCAAACGCUCCCGAGGAGAACUACGUCUCCCUCUUCAGCGACGACAACGUCCACGGUUGCUCCAUCGUGUAAUGACAAAACA